CACAGAAUGUGUCGACGCAUCUCCGCGCCCAGGCGGCUCCUCCCCACUGCGGGAACCCGGGAAAACUUGUGAACUAAUCAGAAAAAGCGGAAGGCGGGCGAUCUUAGGAAGCCGCCCAAUGGCGCGGAAGAGAGCAAAUGACCUGGCCAAUCAGAAACGGCACGGGGGCGGGCUCGCUCGGCGCGAAGUUCGGGCCCGGGAAUUCCGAAGGAGGGGUAGGCGCUGCCCGCGCGCCGAGGCCGCGCCCCUCCUGGCCCCGGCUUCCUGGCUGUCAAACAGCUGCAGCAGUAUCGGCUCCGGCCGAGGAGCCCAGGGGGUCCCGGGACCCGCGGCACAGGCUGGCACUGCUUGAAGAGGAGGCUACUCGGAGACUGCACCGCGCUGAUUGGAGGCUCCCCAGAUAUUUUGCGACCUGAGGAUCCAGCUCAAGUGAGGUGCUAUAGGACGUGUUCCUGAGUUUGCAUUGCACGGAGACCUUCCUGGAAUUUUUCAUUUGCAAGUCGGCUUAACAACCGAUUUUGCAUUGAGUCCUAGGCUGCUUGCACUCUGAAUUUGGACUAUUCAGGUAGUGUGCUCAAAGUUGAAACUGCACACAGCACAACUCAAGUUUGCAUCAGACUGGGAAGCGAACUUAAGCCAGCGGUGCGUGGCCCAGGAGUGGGAAAGGAAAUGGAUCCCUAAAGUGGAAGAGGUGGUGCAAAGGGGGCACCGCCCAUGCUGCCCUGCUUCCAACUGCUGCGCAUAGGGGGCGGCAGGGGCGGUGAUCUCUACACCUUCCACCCCCCCGCCGGGGCUGGCUGCACCUAUCGCUUGGGCCACAGGGCCGACCUGUGUGAUGUGGCUCUGCGGCCCCAGCAGGAGCCUGGCCUCAUCUCUGGGAUCCACGCCGAACUGCACGCCGAGCCCCGGGGUGAUGAUUGGAGGGUCAGCCUGGAAGACCACAGCAGCCAAGGUACUUUGGUCAAUAAUGUCCGACUCCCAAGAGGUCACAGGCUGGAAUUGAGUGAUGGAGACCUCCUGACCUUUGGCCCUGAAGGGCCGCCAGGAACCAGCCCCUCGGAGUUCUACUUCAUGUUCCAACAAGUACGAGUCAAGCCUCAGGACUUUGCUGCCAUUACCAUCCCACGAUCUAGGGGAGAAACCCGGGCUGGGGCUGGUUUCCGGCCUAUGCUGCCCUCCCAGGGGGCUCCACAGCGGCCUCUCAGCACUCUCUCCCCUGCCCCCAAGGCCACACUGAUCCUGAACUCCAUCGGCAGCCUCAGCAAGCUCCGGCCCCAGCCCCUCACCUUCUCCCCUAGUUGGGGUGGACCAAGGAGCCUGCCUGUUCCCGCCCCACCUGGGGAAGUGGGGACCACCCCUUCUGCUCCACCCCCACGCAAUCGGAGGAAAUCUGUUCACCGAGUGUUGGCGGAACUGGAUGAUGAGAGUCAGCCUUCUGAGAGCCCGCCACCGGUCCUUACGGAGCCCAGGAAGAAACUCCGUGUAGACAAAGCCCCACUGACUCCCACUGGAAAUCGACGUGGCCGUCCUCGGAAGUACCCAGUGAGCGCCCCCAUGGCUCCCCCUGCAGUUGGGGGCGGGGAGCCCUGUGCAGCUCCUUGUUGCUGCCUGCCCCAGGAAGAGACAGUGGCCUGGGUUCAGUGUGAUGGCUGUGACGUCUGGUUCCAUGUGGCCUGUGUUGGCUGCAGCAUCCAGGCUGCCAGGGAGGCCGACUUCCGAUGCCCAGGGUGCCGGGCUGGCAUCCAGACCUAAGGUCCACCACCAAGGCCCCAUCGGACACACCUGCCCAUGAGUAGACACAGCAGCGAGCAAAUGGGUCUGCUAAAUGCCCCCCUUCCCUUCCCUCCCCAGGAGGGAAUGACUACAGGGAAGAAGGGCGGAUUGAUGUGGACUCAUUCAGGGCCUGGAGCAGACCCUGGUGGCCAAGCUGACAGAAGAGAUGGUUUCCUGCCAAAGAUAUUGCCACCUCCAGGAAAUUGCCAGUGAGCUGGAAGUUCCCACUAUUACAAGCUAUAAGGCCAUGUUGCCAUGGACACCAGAAUAUCUGUAGUCAGAGCACCUAUCAGUUGCAAAAGCCAUGCCUGCAACUGAUGGAAAAUGUAAGAGGGAGUUCUUAAGGUUCUUGGUGGCAUCACCCAAGGCAUUCUGGGAAAACCUAGGGCCUGUCCCCAAAACUUCCCUACUCUGUGGCUAGUCCUGCUUCCGACCAAAUCGUAGUGACCUGGCUUUUCAGAGCUUUGCUUUUAUUUCUAAGUCGAGGACAAGCAGCUUCUUUCACUCCUGGGUAUUUACUCUUGUGGGUCUGUGAUAUAUUCCUUGCUUUCCAGGGAGAAUGUACUUGGCAAGGUCUGGAGAACUAAUUCAGAAUCUUAGGGAAAGGGGAGGAGAGAUGGAAAUACAAUUUGCUUACUGGAAAGGUGCAAAUAUAUGGGUUGAGCUGGAGGUAGGAAUACAAGUAAUUAAGGUUUCUAGUUUAAGGGAAAACAGAUCUAUU